AUGUCCUUCAGCUUCGGAAACACGAACGCCACGCCCACGUCGAACAGCGGCUCGACCCCUGCGGCUUCUGCACCGGCAUCUGGAGGUCUCUUCGGCGGCGCCUCUACCGGCACUCCCAGCUUUUCUUUCGGUAACCUGGGAAGUAGCAAUACACCCGCCGCCGGGUCGAGCAGUGGCACGCCGGCUUCCAGCGGAUCACUCUUUGGACAGAACGCUGGCCAGAAACCAGCAGGCGGGCUCUUUGGCGGCGGCACUUCAGCCGCCUCAACUGGAACACCCACAUCGACUGGCGGUGGUCUCUUCGGGGCCAAGCCUGCGGCUGGCGCAUCAUCGACUCCGGCUGCUUCUGGCGGUCCAUUCGGUUCAAACACCGGCUCCUCUACUCCCAGCACAUCUGCACCCCCCUCAGGAGGUCUCUUUGGCGCUGCUACAGCCUCGAGCGGCACCCCUGCUGCAUCUUCUGGUGGGCUGUUUGGAGGAGACAAGGCUGCGGCAAAGCCGGCAGUGAGCUUGUUUGGCGGCGGAAACACUGGAGGCUCUUCUACACCUGGCGGUUUGUUCGGUCAGAAUGCAUCGUCAAGCUCAGCGACAACAACUGCUCCUGCUUCCAGCGGGGGUUUGUUCGGUGGCAUGAACAAGCCUGCAUCAAGCACGCCAGCUACUAUUGGUGCUUCCGCAACUCAGGCUACACCUGCAAAGCCCGCCUUCUCACUCGGAGGAUCAACAACGCCGGCUGGAGCUCCUCCUGCGGGCGCGAACAAGCCUGCGACAGGUGGACUUUUCGGUGGUGCCGCACCAUCUGGCUCGGCAGCCCCGUCUCCCUUUGGUACUGCGGCGGCCAAGCCGGCGGAGAACAACAGCGCAGGCGGUCUUUUUGGUGGCGCUGGACAGUCCAAGGCUGCUUCCACAGCCCAGCCGGCCAGUGGGGGCUCUCUCUUUGGCGGCCAGGCGCAGCAACAACCUGCCGCUAGUGGUGGUCUCUUCGGAGACCAGAAGCCGGCCACAACCGCGGCACCCAGCACUGGAGGUCUCUUCGGUGGCCAGGCUGCUGCUACCACUUCCUCAGCCCAGCCUGCUUCGACAACUUCCACAGCUCCCGCAGCAGGCGCCUCUUCUCUCUUCGGUGGCGCCAAGCCUGCUACCCCUACCACCUCGGCUCCGGCUGCGUCAUCUACCGGCGGCUUAUUCGGCGGUAACACAUCUUCGACGCCGGCUGCGGCGACGACACAAGCUGGCUCUUCUGCAGGGGGCCUUUUUGGAAAGCCUGCUACUACCGCAUCUGCGGCCCCCGCUGCCACGGCGGCUCCUUCGUCGCUCUUCGGCGGACAGACAUCCGCGGCUCCUGCCAACAAGCCUGCGAGCGGCGGACUCUUCGGAGGCGGCCCGGCGGCGAGCACCUCUCAACCGGCAUCAACCACUACGUCGACUGCGCCAGCGACUACGUCUGCCGCAACUCAACCAACAACAGCCCCCAGCACUACUGCAUCGGCCGGUGGUCUCUUUGGUGCCAAGCCAUCAACACCAGCUGCUGGAGCAUCAACCCAGAAUGGCACGGCACCCGCCACCACAUCCGCCCCGACUGGCAACUCAAAUACCUUGGCAGCCUCCACAACCGGCCCUACUUCUCAGCUUCCCCGUCUGAAGAACAAGUCUAUGGACGACAUCAUUACCCGAUGGGCCUCGGACUUGUCCAAGUAUCAGAAGGACUUUAAGCAUUAUGCUAAUCAGGUUGCUGACUGGGACUUGGGCCUGGUCGACAAUGGCGAGAAGAUUCAAAAGCUUUACCUAAACACUUUUGAAGCCGAAAAGGCAAGCCACGAGAUUGAGCGGCAGCUCCAGGCAGUGGAGAGUCAGCAGGACGAGCUCGAGGACUGGCUCAAUCGCUACGAAUCCGAUGUUAAGGAGAUGUUCUCCCGCCAGAUGGGACAGGGCGAGACCCUGGCCGGACCCGACCAGGAGCGCGAGCGCACAUACAAGCUCGCCGAGAAGUUGACGCAGAAUCUCGAUGAGAAGAGCAGAGACCUGUCCAAGAUGGUCAAGGAGAUCAACGACAUCUCUGGUACUCUGAGCAAGGGCACCAAACCCGAGGAUCCCCUGAGCCAGAUCGUCCGUGUUCUUAACGGCCACCUCUCGCAACUCCAGUGGAUCGACACCAACGCCGCGUCCCUACAGGCCAAGGUAUCCGCCGCUCAGAAGGCGAACAACAACCUUGGCAGCCAGUAUGGAGCGCCAGAGACAGAUGCGGCGGAGAGCUUCUACCGAUCUUACAUGGGUCGGCGAUGA